ACAUGCAAAUAUUGCAAGUCAAUGCAGCCAUCAACAAGUGAUGAACUGAAGCUUCCCCGUACAUCACGAAGAUGAAGCAGCACUUGUGGCAGUGUGCCGUCUUGCUCCUCUUCCUCCUCUUCGCACAGUCGGAGCCGGCCGUCCUCUCGGCCUCCCACUCCGUCGGUCACCGGCGGUACGGCUCCAUCUUCAGCUUUGGUGACUCGUUCGCCGAUACGGGCAACAAGCCAAUCGCUUUCGCGGCUAACUCCGUCCCGGUCACCGUGAUGCGGCGUCCCUACGGGGACACCUUCGGCCACCCCACCGGCCGCACCACCGACGGCCGCCUCAUCCUGGACUUCCUCGCUGAGAACCUGGGGUUGCCGUUCGUGCCGCCCUCACUAGCGCACAACGGGAGCUUUCAUCGAGGCGCCAACUUCGCCGUCGCCGGCGCCACGACCCUGGACGCUGAUUUCUUCCACGACAGGAACAUCCCGGGGGCUCCCAGCAAGUUCCCUCUCAACACCAGCUUAAACGUGCAGCUGGAGUGGUUCGAGAAGCUCAAGCCCUCCCUGUGUGGUUCCACACAAGAGUGCAAGGAGUUCCUGGGCGGCAGAUCCCUCUUCUUCGUGGGCGAGUUCGGGGUCAACGACUACCACCUGUCGUUGAAGAAAUGGAGCGUAGAACAAGUCAGAUCGCUCGUUCCCCUUGUCAUCGAGACAAUCUCCGCGGCAAUCGAGAGGCUGAUCAAGCACGGGGCGACGAGUCUGGUGGUUCCCGGGGUGAUCCCGUCGGGAUGCUCGCCGCCGAUCCUGACCAUGUUCGCCGACGCCCGACCGCCCAAAUACGACCCCAAGACUGGUUGCCUAAGAGCGCACAACGAGCUCGGGAUCCACCACAACACGCUGCUACAAGACUCCCUGCGCAGGCUCCGGGCCAAGCACCCGGGCGUCACCAUCGUCUACGCCGAUUUCUUCAGCCCCGUCAUGGAGAUGAUCGAGUCGCCUCACAAGUUUGGGUUCAGACAAGAUGUUCUUCAAGUUUGCUGCGGGGGUCCCGGAAGAUACAACUACAACGACAGCGUUUCUUGCGGUGAUCCAGGUGCGACCGCGUGCGAGAGCCCGUCAUCUUCUCUCUAUUUCGACGGCGUUCACUUGACGGAGCCAGGUUACCGCUACGUCGCCGAUGGCUGGUUGAACAGCAUAAACUCGGCUGCUAGCGCCAAUACAGGCUGGUGCAGGAGCGAGCUCUGAUGCGCCUAUCUUCAAUAUUAGUCGUGUCACUUGUGUUGUGUGAGUAUUUCUUUUCCAUUUCUUUUCCAGUGCAUAUUUUUCAUGUCUCGUUUGUCUGUUCCACUUUUUGGCUGCAUGCCACAACUUUAUUUCUUAUUUAGUCAAAUGCAAUAAGGAAGGAAAAUGUAGAGAAAUAUGUAUGCCUAAAGCACAUUAUUGCGCAGUGUGUACCAGUAAAAAGUAAAGUGUGGCAUCGGAAUUCAAUUCGG